AUGUCGCACUGCAAGGUUAGUUCCGAGCUUCCUAUAUACUCGUCAUAGCUGAGCUGACGUUUCACUGCGCUCUUCCAUGCGCAUUUUCCCUCGAUUUUGCUUAGUUCGAGCAUCCACGUCGUGAGUAGCGUACGGACUGGUCCAGCCUAAGACACCAGCCACUCACACUGUCUCUUUCACUGCCAUCAGACGGUCACUUGGGCUUUUUGCCCCGCAAGCGCGCUGCGCGCCACCGCGGAAAGGUCAAGAGGUGAGCUUUCGGUAGCGGGACGAUAUCAUGGCGCGUGGAGCAAGGGGCAGUCGCAGGAAGGAUCAUUGGUGCAGAAGAUUUCGAGGCUGCGGCGUACAAGGGAGCUGGCGCUGGGAAUCUCUGAGCGAGCGCUGAAGUUAGUCCUCUCGCUUGUAUUCAGCUUCCCUAAGGAUGACCCCAAGAAGCCUGUGCACCUCACUGCCAUGCUCGGCUACAAGGCUGGCAUGACCCACGUCGUUCGCGACUUGGACCGACCUGGAUCCAAGAUGCACAAGCGUGAGGUUGUGGAGGCGGUCACCCUCGUCGAAACUCCUCCGAUGGUUGUUGUCGGUGUCGUUGGCUACGUCGAGACCCCUCGUGGUCUCCGCAGCUUGACGACUGUCUGGGCAGAGCACCUCUCGGACGAGCUCAAGCGUCGAUUCUACAAGAACUGGUACCGCAGCAAGAAGAAGGCUUUCACCAAGUACGCUCAGAAGCACUCUCAGGGCAACGGCGCUCCCAUUGCUCGGGAGCUCGAGCGCAUCCGCAAGUACUGCACUGUCGUCCGCGUACUCGCCCAUACCCAAAUCCGCAAGACGAGCAUCAAGCAGAAGAAGGCGCACCUGAUGGAAAUCCAAGUCAACGGUGGCUCUGUCGGCGAGAAGGUCGACUUUGCGAAGGGCAUGUUCGAGAAGACGUUUGACGUGAAGAGCGUCUUUGAGCCUAACGAGAACAUCGAUGUCGUUGCUGUCACCAAGGGUCACGGUUACGAGGGUGUUACAAGUCGUUGGGGAACCAAGCGUCUGCCGCGCAAGACCCACAGAGUGAGUUCACACAGCCCUCCUCGACUCGGCUUUACGUCAUGCGAGAGCUGUCUGCUGACUUGGUGCGCACGUCGACGUCUUUUCAGGGUCUCCGCAAGGUCGCUUGUAUCGGUGCAUGGCACCCUAGCUCCGUCUUCUACACUGUCGCUCGUUCCGGUCAGGACGGUUACCACCACCGUACUGAGCUCAACAAGAAGGUGUACAGCAUCAUCAAUGGCGCCGAUCCCAAGUCUGGUAGCACUGACUUCGACCGCACCGAGAAGUCCAUCAACCCUCUUGGCGGCUGGGGACACUACGGCAUCAUCAAGAACGAUGCCCUCAUCCUCAAGGGUACCACUCCCGGUGUCGUCAAGCGUGUCGUCGCUCUCCGAAAGUCUCUCCAGGUACACACUUCUCGUCGUGACCUCGAGAACAUUUCCCUCAAGUGGAUCUCCACCAGCUCCACCCACGGUCAUGGUCUUUUCCAAACCCGAGAGGAGCGCCGUGCCUUCGAGGGCGCCCGCAAAAUCAAGGUCUUGCCCAACGCCUGA